AUGUUCGAGGAGAAGCUCAUUGUAGGUGUGGCGUCAGCCUGCUCGACUCUGGCCAUUGUUGCCUGCCUUGUCGUUGUCCCAUCUCUCUACAAUACCAUCAACGAAGUUCACGAUGAGGUCCUCGAUGGUGUGUCGGUAUUCCGUGUUGAAACCGAUUCCGCCUGGACUGAAAUGAUGGACAUUCAAAUCACUGUCACGCCACCAUCAAAGCCUCGUCAGAAUCCCUUCAAUUCAAUCUUCCGUCAGAAGAGGCAGGACUUCUCCGGUCUACCAGCCUGGUGCCAAUGCGAGCCCACUAAGCCUGUGUGCCCACCUGGUCCUCCUGGACCACCUGGAGAGCCUGGACAGCCU